AUGUAUUCACGUGCAGAACCUGAAGACCCUGUAUUUGAAGCAUUGGAUGUAAUAUUCCGCCCCUACAACAAGGCAGGCUUUCAAGUCAAGAUGAUCAAGUGUGAUCGGGCUUUCAUUCUUCUCACGGAUGAUAUGCUAGACAAUAUGGGUGUUACUAUUGACCUGACUGCAGCUGGAGACCACGAGCCUACCGCUGAGCAAAACAAUAGGACGCUGAAAGAAAGAGUCCGAGUAGCUCUUGCACAAUUACCCUACAAAGUGAAAGACAGUAUCUCAUCACAUUUUAGUCCGCAGCAACUCAUUGAUAAUGUCAAUAUCAACUGCAAGAGUGACAUGGUUGCUGAGCUUGGACAAUAUGUUCAUGCAAUUUGGACAGAUUCCAACAAUUUGAUGGAACCCCAAAGUAUCGAAGCAAUUUACAUUGAACCUACAAAGGGACAACGUACUGGGCACCGAGUGCUCAACCUCAAUACUAAUAAGAUGAUUUCCCGACCCAAGGUCGUUGUACUACCCGUUACCGACCAAGUAAUCCAGCGUGUUGAAGCUUGGGCUGCUGCCAAAGGUGUUACUUCCAUGAAGUUAUUCGAUACGAAGAGAGAUUUGGAGACAUUUCAAGAUGGCAAUCAAAUUGCAAGAGUGAAUGACACGGAACAAGGUGGACAAUUUGAUGAUAUCAAUGACUCCAAAAGAGAAGAGCUAUUGGCAGAUGCAGACAAUGAUGUCAAUGAUAUGCCAGAACUCACUGUCAGAUUCCAAGGAGAUGAUGACUAUGAAUCAGAUGACGACAAUUUGGAUGAUGAACGUGAUGAAGAGGAAGAACCUAUUGUGGCCAAUUUGGAUCACCAUCAAGAAAAUGCCAAUAAAGGAACCGAUGAUAUUGGGAGCCUUGUUGCUGAUCUGGAGGACCUACAAGAGCCGCCAGAAGAAGAGAUUGUAUUUGAGCCUGAAACACCUCAAGUAGCAACAGUCACUUGA